AUGGCGGAGAAGAGCAAGCUCCAAAUAUCUCCCUCUAACUGGCAGGGCUCAUUUGCUCUCUUGAGCAAGUACAGGACUCAAACGAAGCGUCUCAGAGAGGCCGCGCCAAACCAUCAAAGAAACGAGGCGAGUUGUGCCUUAACUUCUAAAGCAUUAUCUGCGGUAACAAUAGUCAAAAUGGCUCUUCAUUUCCACCCCACAUCUCUCAAAACAGGUGAUUUCUUCAAUCUUGCAGAAUCACUUGGCUUCAAAUCUGCUAUCUCCAGUCAAAAUGAGAAACAUUUGAAAGAUGUUUUGAUGCUUCUCAAUGCUGCUGAGGAGUUCUCAAACGAAGACUACGAUCAAGCUGAAAGCCUCCUCGUCUCCGUUCCAACAUCAGGCCAUCUCCCAAUUGAGAGAGUCAUCACUUUCUAUGCCAAAUACUUAAGAGAAAGAAUAGAUGCCAAGAAAUGCAGAAUCGAUUUGGAGAGGCAAGUAAACCAUUUCGAUUUGGAAGCAGAAAUGAGAGAGAUCAAAGAAGCUAUCGUAGCUUGUGAGCAGAAACUCCCACUUAUCCAAAUCUCCAACUAUGCUGCAAUUCAGACCAUCUUGGACAGCUUGUCGUCGGCAGAGAAAAUCCACUUCAUCGACAUAGGCAGAAAGAUCUGCUCUUACUGGAUAGUGAUGAUGCAAGCUCUAUCCAACCGAGAAAACUGCCAACUGAAGCAGCUCAAGAUCACUGCAGUCUGCUCACCGGUAUACAAUGUAGCAAAGAGCGGCAAGCUUCUCUCCUCCAUUGCCGAGUCCAUGAACAUCCCUCUUGUCUUCAAAACACUCCUAGCAGAGAAGAACACACUUGCUAACAUUCAUUUUGAGUCUGAGGAAGGAGAAAAAGUGGCAGUUUUCAUGGAUCACAGCCUCCAUUGCUUGGCAGCUUGCACCAAAAAUGUGGAGGGCUUAUUAAGAGGCCUUAAAAGGCUCAAUCCUCAUGUGAUGGUUGCCGUUGAUGUGGAGGAGAGUUUCACCACUUCGAGCUUUGGUGAGCGUUUCAGAGGCGCGCUGUCUAUGUCUAGUGCUGUUGUGGACUGCCUAGAGAGCUGCCUCGAAGGGGAGAGGCGUUGCAUCGAUGUAAUUGAGAGACUUCACUUUCAAGAAUCGAUAUGCAACGGUGUUAUGAACGAGGACACUAGUGGCAUUGGCCUUAGCCAUCACCGCAGGAUUGAUUUCUGGAGGGAAUACUUUUCAAGAUUCGGGAUUUUGGAGACGGAUAUGAGCAAUGCGUCUCUAUGUCAAGCGCGUCUGAUGAUCGGAGAGAGGGCGUGUUGGAGCAGCUGCAGCCUCGGCAUGAAUGGGAAAAGCAUGAUUCUUUGCUGGAAAGGAAUCCCUCUGCGAUUUGUGUCUGCUUGGAAGUUCCCAAUUAUCAUACAGACAUCACAAAUAGAUUUAUAA